UGAUGCACUCUCUGAAGUUUUUCACACGGCGUCUUCUGAAGUCACAAACUUCCCAGAGUUUGUGUCUGUUGAUGGUGAUGAUUUCAGAUUUGUUACUACGACAGUAACACGAAGAGAAGAACCCAAACAGGACUGGAUGAAAGCCGUAGAUGAUCAGUACUGGGGGGAGACUGAGAAAUUAAAGGGUCACCAGCUGUUCAAAGUCGGCCUUGACACUUUAAAGCGGCGCUUCAACCAAACUGGAGGUGUUCAUGUUUACCAGGAGAUGUACGGCUGUGAGUGGGAUGAUGAGACUGGAGAUGUUAAUGGUUAUAGACAGAUUGGUUAUGAUGGAGAAGACUUCGUAGUUCUGGACAUGAAGACAAUGACGUAUAUCGCUCCACAACAACAGGCUGUCGUCACCAAACAGAAGUGGGAUAAAGACAAAGCUCGACUAGAGUAUCUUAAGAACUACCUCACCAAUGAGUGUCUUGACUGGCUGAAGAAGUAUGUGAACUAUGGGAGGAGCUCUCUGAUGAGAACAGACCUCCCCACAGUGUCUCUCCUCCAGAAGACUCCCUCCUCUCGGGUCACCUGCCACGCUACAGGUUUCUACCCCAACAGAGCCAUGAUGUUCUGGAGGAAAGAUGGAGAGGAGCUUCACGAGGACGUGGACAAGGGAGAGAUCCUCCCCAACCACGACGGCUCCUUCCAGAUCAGCGCUGACCUUCAACUGCCCUCUGAUGACUGGGGGAAGUACGACUGUGUGUUUCAGCUCUCUGGUGUGAAGGAGGACAUUGUCACCAAACUGGACAAACGAGAGAUCAAGACCAACUACGUGAAUCCCAUGAACACCGUCAUCCCCAUCAUCGCCAUCAUCGCUGCACUCGUUCUUCUCGGCCUCGCUGUCAUUGGAUACAAGAAAUACAGAGGCAGAAGGAGGGGCUGGUGUAGACGGAGCACUGAGGAAAUGCUACUUUCAAAACUCUGCCUUAAAGCUGGAAAAACGUUACCUGCUGUUUGAAUUUAGCCCUGCUUUUAUUUUGAAAUACAGUAAGGAGCUUCCUGUAGAUGGAAGGUUAGGACAUGAACUAAAA